AUGGAAAGGCGGUGGGGUGCUGCGUGGGGAGACCCCACGGAGUCAGGGCAAGAGCCCCCCAGGGCCGGCCCAGUGGCCGCAAACAGAAGCAGCGGGGCCCACGGGCCGGGGGUGGGGGGAGCAGGGUCGCUGCCCCUGUUGACUCUCUUCUCCGUCAUCACCCACAACCAGCCCACUGUGGGGUCUGCCUUCAAAACGCAUCCGGACGACGGCUCAGGCCUCCCCACGCCCUCGUCCAGGCCACUGUCCCCUCCGCACAGGCUCCCUGCUCCCACUCCCUUAAUGAAUCAUCCUGGACCGUACUACCAUGAACUCGCCAACCACUCCACGUUUAUGCCUCCAGCCCAGACGGCGCCCCUGAACGCCAGACUCCUGUACCUGCUGGGGUGCCCGCCACGGGCUCCCUCACACAGUGACAGCACUCUGCGCAGGCUAAAAACCCUGUCAGUCACUGACCGCCCCCCCCACCUCACACCCCAAUCCACUUCCACCACCACCACGCUGGCCGAGCCACCGCCUCUCAGCUGGAUUGGAGCCGCAUCCUCCACGCUGGGGCCUGCUUCCAUCCAGGGGCCCCCACGGCAGCCAGAGGAACCCCAGGAGGACAUGAGAUGA